AUGGACUCCUUCUCCGAACCUCGCCGCCCGCCUCAGGCCAUCCAUCUCGACGAGGUCCGCAAGGCCGUCGCUGAGCGCGAAGCUGAGCUCAAGGCCAAGGGCGUACCGCUCUCCGGUCGUGUCCUGCACGUCUGUCACUACCUGCCAGUACAGCCGAUCCUCCACUCGUCGUCCAGGCCCGGCAUCCCGUCGCCGCCUCAGACACCGCCUGUACCGGCCAACGACAUCCCGCCUUCGCCAUCUAGCCCCGAUGGACCGGCCGCCGCAUCUUCAUCCUCGCAACCGCAACCCAAAUGGACACUCGAGGGCAGGCAUGGCCACGCCGCCAUGAUCAGUGGCAUCAACUCGCUCAGCACUACACACGAGCAGCUCAUCAUCGGCUGGCCAGGCGACGUUCUGCGACCGCACGGCAACGCCACCGGGGAGCGCCCAAAGAUCCCGGUCAACUCCCUGACCGAAGAGGACAAGGCAUCUCUCCAGGAAGCGCUCGCCGAGUACAGCGAUUCGGAUCUCGCCGAUGAGAAGACGAAGCCGGUAUACGUCCCUGUCUGGCUCGACGAUAAGGUCGCACAUGGCCACUACGACGGCUACUGCAAAGAGACUCUCUGGCCGCUCUUCCACUACCUGCUCUGGCAAGACGUAUCGCCCACCAAGAACUCGGCCUCCUUCAGCGCCGACACUUACUGGGCACCGUAUGAGGCCGCCAACGCCGCUUUCGCCCGUGCGAUUCUCGACGUCUACCAGCCUGGAGACUUGAUUUGGGUGCACGACUACCAUUUGCUGCUUGUACCGAAGCUCUUCCGCGCCCAUGUCCCUGAUGCUACCAUCGGUCUCUUCGUGCACACCCCCUUCCCUAGCUCGGAGGUCUUCCGCUGCCUUCCUCGGCGCAAGGAGAUCCUCGAUGGCAUGCUCGGCUCGAACCUUGUUGUCUUCCAGACGUACUCGUACUCGCGCCACUUCAUCUCGUCCUGCGUGCGCGUCUGCGGCUACGAGGUGGCGCCUCGUGGUAUCGACGUUGAGGGCCAUGUCACCGCCGUGAAGCACACUCCAGUUGGUGUUGAUGCUGAGCGCGUUGCUCGCGAUAUUCUGCGCCCUGGCAUUCAGCCGAAGCUGCAGAGUCUCCUCCGCCUCUACGCUGGCAAGAAGAUCAUCAUUGGCCGUGACAAGCUCGACGUCGUAAAGGGCAUCGUCCAGAAGCUACGCGCAUUCGAGAAGUUGCUCCACGACUACCCGGAGUGGAUCGGCAGGGUCGUGCUUAUCCAGGUCACCUCGCCCGCUUUGAGCGACAGCCCCAAGCUCGAGCGCCAGGUUUCGGAGCUUGUCUCGCAGAUCAACGGCGAAUACGGCGGACUUGACUUCAUCCCCGUGCACCACUACCACCAAACGAUCAAGAAGGACGAGUUCUACGCGCUCCUCAGCGCGGCCGACCUCGGUGUUAUCACUCCCCUCCGCGACGGCAUGAACACCACCAGCAUGGAGUUCGUUAUCGCGCAAGGUCGCUCGAAGAAGAGCCCCCUGAUCCUCUCUGAGUUCAUGGGCAUCUCUAGCAACAUGGCGGAGGCAAUGCAGAUUAACCCGUGGAACCUCGGCGAUAUGGCUGCCGCGAUGCACCGUGGAUUGACGAUGUCUGACGAGGAGAAGACGCAACGGCAUUCGGCGCUUCAUGACGUCGUCACGACGCACACCUCGCAAACAUGGGCGUCAAGUCUCGUGAAGAUGCUGCUUGGCCAGAUGGGCGCCUCAAACAUGGCUCGCCAGACGCCCGUGCUCCCGACUGAGCACAUGCUUUCAAGCUACCGCUCCGCGAAGAAGCGGGUGUUCAUGCUCGACUACGAUGGUACUCUGACGCCUAUCGUCAGGACACCUGAGAUGGCCGUCCCGUCCGACGACACGCUCAAGGCUCUUGAACUGCUCACAGCUGACCCGCGCAACCUCGUCUACAUCAUCUCCGGUCGCGACUCCGCCUUCCUCAUGCAACACCUCGGCCACUUCAAGGGCUUGGGCAUGUCGGCCGAGCACGGCGGCUUCAUGCGCGAGCCCGGCUCCCAGACGUGGAAGAACUUCACGGAGACGCUGGACAUGAGCUGGAUGGCGGAGGUCCUCGAGGUGUUCAAGUACUACACCGAGCGCACAACGGGCUCGCACAUCGAGAUCAAGAAGAGCUCUAUCACUUGGCAUUACCGCGGCGCGGACCCGGAGUGGGGUCAGUUCCAGUGCAGGCAGUGCCAGGACUUGCUCGAGAACAACGUCGCGCACAAGAGACCUAUCGAGGUUAUGGUCGGGAAGAAGAACCUUGAGGUGCGGCCUAUUGCGAUCAACAAGGGCGAGAUCGUCAAGCGCCUCAUCUACCUCAACCCCGACGCCGAGUUCGUCUUCUGUGCUGGUGACGACAAGACGGAUGAGGACAUGUUCCGCGCUCUGUCGUUCCCGGACGUCAGCGACAGCGCCGAGAUCCAGUUCGAGGCCCCGAUCUCUGUCAAGCUGCUUGCGGAGGACAAGGAUGCGGAGCACCCGGCGAAGACCCUUGCUCUCAAGCGCGGCGACGUGUUCACGACCGCCGUUGGCCAUGCGACGAAGCGCACCCUCGCAGCAUGGCACGUCACCAGCCCGCAGGAGGUCGUCGACGAGCUUCUGUCUCUCGGUCGCUCGAGCGAAGAGUCCAAGCUCUAA